CUCCUCUGACUCCCGCUGACCGCUCUUCUUCCUGCCGCAGACCACCACCAGCGACCUCGCCAUGGCGACCCACGGACCGACUUGCGCGCGGCCGAUGUGUAUUCCUCCGUCAUAUGCUGACCUUGGCAAAGCUGCCAGAGAUAUUUUUAACAAAGGAUUUGGUUUUGGGUUGGUGAAAUUGGAUGUGAAAACAAAGUCAUGCAGUGGAGUGGAAUUCUCCACAUCUGGUUCAUCCAACACAGACACUGGUAAAGUUACUGGGACCUUGGAGACCAAAUAUAAAUGGUGUGAGUAUGGUCUCACUUUCACAGAGAAGUGGAAUACUGAUAACACUCUUGGAACAGAAAUUGCAAUUGAAGAUCAGAUUUGUCAAGGUUUGAAACUGACAUUUGAUACUACCUUCUCACCAAACACAGGAAAGAAAAGUGGUAAAAUCAAGUCCUCUUACAAGAGGGAGUGUAUAAACCUUGGUUGUGAUGUUGAUUUUGAUUUUGCUGGGCCUGCAAUCCAUGGAUCUGCUGUCUUUGGUUAUGAGGGCUGGCUUGCCGGGUACCAGAUGACUUUUGACAGUGCCAAAUCAAAGCUGACAAGGAAUAACUUCGCAGUGGGCUACAGGACUGGGGACUUCCAGCUACACACUAAUGUCAAUGAUGGGACAGAAUUUGGAGGAUCAAUAUAUCAGAAAGUAUGUGAAGAUCUUGACACUUCAGUAAAUCUUGCUUGGACAUCAGGUACCAACAGCACUCGCUUCGGCAUUGCAGCUAAAUAUCAGUUGGAUCCCACUGCUUCCAUUUCUGCAAAGGUCAACAACUCUAGUUUAAUUGGAGUGGGUUACACUCAGACUCUGAGGCCUGGUGUGAAGCUUACACUGUCUGCCUUGGUAGAUGGGAAGAGCAUUAAUGCUGGAGGCCACAAGCUUGGGCUUGCCCUCGAGUUGGAGGCUUAAUCCAGAUGAAAGAAACCUCUGGCAGUGGCUAUCGGAUUUGGCCUUAAUAUAUUUCCAUUUUGACCAGCAGGCUUUUAUUUUCCCCAAGAAGGUGAUGAAACAAAGGAUGAUGUAAACAAGAGCUGUAUUUUAAGUAUUUAGACAGUUACCUUAUUGGUUUCUAGUUGAAUUAGUUAUCUAGUUACCAAUGCUGCAGUUGUGCAGUCACUUAUACAUUAUUUAAAUGUAUUUAACUGUUAAAUUGUGCUACCCACCAAUAAUGAAAUAGACCUUUAUGAAAACUG